CGCGAGUUCAGAAAAGGGGGAGAAGCAAAUCCCGGCGCGUUGAAGAGAAGCAGGCACGUGGAGGGACGUGACUGAGACUAUCGCAUCCAUCAUCAUCGACUAGCAGCGUCUGUUGGAGUCUGUUGGCGAUAUGCUGGGCCCUCAGGACGAGCGCCUGGGUCUGCACUCCACCGAUGUGGCCCGCCCGCUGCCCCUCACCGACCCCAUUGUGCAUGCGCGAGGCCACACGGAGGACGAGCUGCUCGAGCAAAUCUCCCACCUCAAGCAGGAGAUUGAGGACCUGCGAGACUAUGGCGACCGUGUUACCAAGGAGCUGCGGCGCUACCAGGCGCUCGGGCGCGCCAUGCCGUCCGAGACGGAGGCGGACGACGACUCGCCUCUGCCGCCGUGGGCGAUGAACAUGCCUCUGAUGAGCCCGCUGCUCAUCGCCUAUGACGACCGAGUGCGGGACCUCGAGUCGCUGGUGGAGCGGCGGCAGCUGGAGCUCCGGUCGCUGGGCGAGCAGACGCAGCAGCUGGUCAAGGAGAACGAGGACCUGCUGGCCGAGUGCAAGGAGAAGACGGAGGCCCUCAGGAGGUACCACCAGGACGCAUCGGGUGAGUGAGGCGCAUGCAGCGCACGCGCUAUGGUCGCCAUAGUGCAUCCAUUCGUUCAUUCAUCUGUCCAUCGUGUUAUGCAGGCAUCGGUCGCAGCGAGGCGGCCGCCAUAGAGGAGAGGGAGGAGCUGGCGGAGCUGUACAAGCUCUCUUGUGAGCAGAACGAGGUGCUGGUCGAGCAGAACCAGCUCAUGAAGCAGCAGCUCGACGCCGCCCAGCGUGCCAUGGAGGAGCUGCAGCAGCGGGCGGGCACUGAGGCGCAGAGGGCCGAGGAGGCCGACAAGGUCCAGAAGCGCCUCACCGCCGAGGCGGCCCAGCUCAACGAACAGAGGAAAGCCGCAGAGCAGCAGCUGGCGGAGCUCAAUGCUCAGGUAGGACGCAAGAGGACUGACUGACUGACUGACUGGCCACGCCACGCUUUCACUGUUGAUUGCCUGUGUGUCAGUACACGUCAGCGCUUGACGACCGUGUUGCCCUCGACCGUCGUGUGGAGGAGCUGCAGGCCGAUGUGCAGCAUACCAAGCGGCUCGCAGAAGAGUCCAGGAGAAAGCUGGAAGUCAGUACAGUUACCACACACGGGCAUGUGACACAGGCACCCACGCACACGAAAAGGCACAACGUAUCGGCCGAUGCAAUCAAUGCGUGUGUUUGUGUGUGUAUGUGUUUAGGAGAGUUGUCACCGUUACGAGUUGGAGCGUCAGGACCUGACGACCAAGUGCGAGCGGCUGGAGCAUCGCGAGAAGGACCUCACGCACGCACUGUCAGCCAUGGAACAGGACCUCAGGACUACAGCCGAUAAGCAGAGGUAUGUCUGUAUGUCGCUAUAAACCUGGGAGGCCAUAUCCAUGCAGAGAAGGACAGACGGUGCUGCUGGUGGGGUGGGGACCGGCCGGUCAGGCAAGCUCGUCGGGAGGCUGACGUACUCAAGAAGGAACAGGAUAACGUACGUACGUGGGAUUUGCACUGCACGCCUGCGGGGAGGGGAACAGACAGACAGACAAAGGCAAACAUAAUUAUUGUCGUCUCCGAGCAAUCAACCAUUGGCGUCUGUGUGCUGCCUACCUGUCUGCAGCUGACCAAGUCGAUUGCGGUGUUGGAGCAGAAGUAUCAGGAGACGAAGCGACAGCUGGAGCAGGUCAGGGCAGGUCGCCGUCAGACACGGAUACACUCAUAUAUCAGCACUAUCUGCUGAUGUGUCACCAGGAGCAGACGCGUCACCAGGAGCAGCGGCGCCAGGCCGACCAGCUCAUACUCGACAAAGAACGGGCCGUCGCGUCAGAACAAAACCUCAAGCAACACGUAUGUAACCACUCUCACCCCACCCACCACUCAGCCGACACACGUCUGUGUCGGUUGGUCAGUUUACACAUCGAUUUGGUUUGGUGUGUAUGGGGUGCAGGCCGAUCGUUUGGAGCGCCAGCUGACCACUGAGGUGCAGGGGCUGCGGGACAAGCACCAGGCGGAGCUCACGGCCAAGACAGCCGCACUGCAGACCAAACUCAACUCGCUUGAGGAAACGGUACACACACACACACACACACCCGCCAACACGAAAUGCGGCCACUUCUGUGUGUGUGCACCGCUGUGUGUGUGUCAGUUGAGCACGUUGGAGCGUGCUAAGGCUGAAGCGGUUGCCGUGGAGGAGGCGGCCACUCGGCAGAAACGAUUGGCCGAGGAGGAGCUGCAGCGAACCACCACCACCACACAGGCACGUCCCCGUCACCUCCCGUCACCUCACAAUGAGCAGCCCCGUUGAUUGUGUGUUGUGUCUGGCGGGCGAUUGUGAUCUAGGCGGAGGUAUCUCGCGUGCAGAACCUGCUGAGGGAGGUGCAGGAGGUCAGCCAGUCACCGCCCAUGUGUGUGUGUGUGUGUGUGUAUGUUCUCUUUGUCCGUUCUCUUUGCAGGCCCGUUUGACAGCCGAGCGUCAUGUGGACAGUCUGGAGGAGCAGCUCAAGGCUUCCAAGGACACUCUCAGCUCUAAGACCGCAGAGUGGACCGAACAGAUUAAGGACGCACAGGUACGUGCCCGUGUGUGCGUAUGGUGGGUGGGCUGGUGAGGCAGCCCACCCACUCUCAUGCAAAUGUGUGUCCCCCCCUCGUCUCUCAGCGUCAGGCGGAGGGCCUUCGCCAGCAGCUGCAGACCAUCCAGCAGGUGCACACACAUCACAUGCAUCACAUAGCAGAGCAGGGCGAGGCGACACACACCCACACCACACCCAGAGAGGAAACUCCCUGCUCGACGCUCGAUGCGCAACCGUUCGUGUGGAUGUGUUUGCAUGACAUCCACCCACUUAUUCAUCAGGCGAUGAGCAGCGUUGAGGAGGAGAAGCGCAACCUCCAGUACUCCCUCGACCAACUCAUCAGGGACAAGGGGAACGCCAUCGCGGUGUGUCACACCCCUCCUCCCUCCCUACACCCCCCCCCACACACAUUCAUGUGCCUGUUCCCCCUUGUAAAGUGUGUGUGUGUGUGCUCUGCUCUUUAUGUAUGGUGCAGGCAGCCGAGUCGGGUCGUCAGCGGAUGAUGCGUGAUUUCGAGGAGGAGCGGUGUGCCCUCGAGGCCCACAUCGGCAGCCUGCAGCGGCGCCUCAACGACGUGCAGGAAAGGGCCAGGAAGGAGGAAACCAAGGCAGCCGAGCUCAUCAAGUAACUAACUUACCUUCUAAGUGACACACGCACGACCACAGCGUACCAACCAUCCAUCGUGAUGUGUGUACAUCAUCUCAUCUACUACUGCAGGGCGCAGGAGAGUCUGCGGCAGCGGUGGAAGGACGAAUUGGAGAGGGAGAAGGCGGUAAGCCAGCACGCAACUCCUCCCCCCUACAACACAUGCACCGAUGGCUAUGCUAUGCACACAAGAUCUCUCGGACCUCUGUCUGUGUCUGUCCGUUAUGCAUGCGUGUAGACGUUGGAGCGUGAUCUCUCGGCGACCAAGGCGGAGAACCGGCGGCUCAAGAGCCGCCUGCAGAGCACACUGAGGCUGGCCUGCCUGCAGGCCACCGAGCCCGCCUGCCCCCUCUCGCCGCGACGGAUGCCGCCGCCCGACUGUCCUCUCGCCAGUGUGUAGCGCUCAUAGAUAACAUAACAUAACAUAACGGACGCACCGCAACAUCUGUCUGCACGCAUCUCUGUCUGGUCUGCGUGUGUGCAUACAAAGGGAGACAGACUGGAUGGAUGCAUGGGACUUCAUGGGGGCUGGUUUUGAUGGAUUGAUGCUGUAGGUGUUGCUUUUCAUGGAUGGAUGGAUGUGUGUUGGUGACCACGCGUGAUCAAUCCAUAUGAAAUGAAGGUGAUACGAACGUC